GAGGGUUGCCCAUGGCGGCAAGUCGGCGGAAGAAGGUCCCGUUUCACUCGAAAACCUGUUGUGCUCUUCCUCCGCUGAAAACUCAACGGGCCUUCGCGCCCUCCAUUAAUGGAUAUCUCGGAGGAAUGGAAGUCCUUCUUUAACCCUGCUCUUUCUCCUCCUAAUAUCAAUCCUCCUUCCCGCCUCUCGUUCGCUCAAUUCCUCGCCACCUCAGCUUCCGCCCACCACGAUUCUUACGUUCCUCUCUCCACCGUCUCCUGCAUCUCAAGCUUCCUGGCUUGAUCGGAAUCGAAUUCAGUUCCUUAGGUCUCCUCGGGGGAAUUCCGUCAUGGUCUUCUUCCCCACCGGCUCCAAUUUCGACCAAAUUGGGUUUUUGGUGUUGGAAGCGAAAGAGGGUAGCUUGAAUGCAUUUGGGAAUGCCACUGGCGGCGUUUACAGCGCCAAUAAGCAAUUGAGUCAGCGGAUUAGAGGGGUUUUGGUGAACCCAGUUGCAGGUUCAGGCUGGCUUGGAGUGUCAUGGGAUGAUGAAUCUCCUAAUUCUGGGAACUGCAAGUGGUUGGGUUGUAAGCUCAGUUGGCAUCCUAGAGUUUUGAUUGUUGCACGUUCUGAUGCUGCUUUCUUGGUUGAUUGGAGGUCAGAUCAGCAUAAGUUUCCAAAUCCUUUUUAUGCAUGGGAGCUCCCGUCUGGUCUCAAUCUGCCUAAUGCCAAUUGCCUCGGUGGGAGCUGUCUUGUGAAAGCAGAGUUUUCAGAAGAUGCUCUUCCUGAAUGGCUCGACUGGAAGCAGAAGAGAGAUAUUGUUCUAGGGUUUGGCAUUCUUGGUGAAGACCUGUGCUCGUUGCUGCACGAGCCUGAUGAAUUUGGUGGAUUUAAUCUGAUUAGGUUGAUCUCCUCUGGGAAGCUUGAGUUACAGCGAUACACUACGUUAUGGGAUUUGGUCAGAACAACAAACCAUCACAUUGACCCAGUGCUGAGUCAUGCUAAUAACUCACACUCGUCUUUGGAGUAUGAGAGGUACAAAUUUCCUGGAAGGUUUAAAUAUUUGGAAUUGGAUUAUCUCUCUGCGUACUUGAACGGUGAUCUCUCUAAGAUCUUAGAUCUAAACACGAGGAAUGCUUCCAAGGUGGGUCCUUCGAAUGCGGAAUCUUUUAGCUUGGACUGUCAUGAAGCAUUGUGUGAGAAGUUGAAGAUUAGUGGGCUGAAUCGGUUUAGAGCAUCUCCAAUUGUCAGCCUUGUUCUUAUGGAUGUGAACAUGCCAACAAGCAUACGUGAAGUUGCUUUGAGGAAAACAUGGGCAGGCUUGCCGAUGGAACUCCUACAGCUCAGCUUUUCUAGCUACUCUGAACUUCUUGAUGUGCUAUUAGACCAGAAAAAGCUUUCAGUGGAGUUUUUACCAGUCCCUGAUCUCCCCCAGUUGCCUCCAUAG